AUGCUCUUCCACAGGAACUAUCUGGCUGGGAUCCGAAACGACAGUGAGGUCCACAAAAGGCCUCAGGUGCUCACGCCGGAGAGUCUGAAUCUGGAUGUGGUCAUACUGGGUCUCGACUCCACGUCACACUUGGCCUGGCAGCGACAUUUGCCCAAGUCCAGGGACUACUUCGUCAAUGUUCUCAAUGGUACAGAGAUGGAGGUUUGUUCUAUUUUUUGUUUUGUUUUUGGUAUCAGUAUAGAGCACCACUACUUCCUUUUUUUUAAAAUCCCACGGCACCCCGGCCGCCAUCAUGCCAAUCUUGCUCUCUCCGCCUCUGCACUCACUCUCGGGGAUAUCUGGACGACUCCCUCUCUGGAAUCCCUCAAGGCUGCGGGAUACGCCACAACCUGGGCCGAGGACGAUGCUGAGCUAGGAACCUUCCAAUACAGACUGCUGGGUAAGUGUUUCAACAACCAACCGACCGACCACUAUUUCCGCUACUUCUGUGUGGCUGCGGAGCCUCACUACGGGGAUUUCCCCAGACACUGUCAGGGUUCGAGACCUCGGCAUUCAGUGGUGCUCGACUAUAUGUACCAGACGUUCCAGAUGUACCCGCAGCAGAGGAAGUGGAUGUUCUCCUUCCAGUCGCAGCUGUCUCACAAGGACAACAACCUGCUGUCAUAUAUGGACGAUGACCUACUGGAGUACCUACAGACCAUCCACCGAGAGAAGUACCUGGACAACGCCGUCUUUAUCAUGCUGGCUGACCAUGGCGGCAGGUUCAGCAAGGUCAGGGCCACGGAACAAGGCAAGCAGGAGGAACGACUGCCCUACUUUGGCAUUAGAUUCCCUGAAUGGUUCCACGAGAAAUACCCGCAGAUCAUCCGAAACAUUAAAACCAACUCACAGAGGCUGACCACCCCUUUCGACGUGCACGAGACCUUGAUGGAGAUACUGCACUACAAGGACGGCGGGAUGGCUGAUAUAAGCAAGAGGGGUGUCAGCAUGUUUCACGAGAUCCCAGCAGAGAGGGACUGCGAAAGUGCUCAGAUUGACCCCCAUUGGUGCUCAUGCCUGGACUGGAAGAGCGAGGAUGUCAACAGUCCAGCCGUCACGGAGGUAGUCUCUAAGAUCGUCGAGACCUUCAACAACUUCACGGCUGGCUACCGGGACGAGUGCGCGCUGCUACGACUCGACAAGGUUAUAUCCGCCUCCUCACUCAAGGCCAAGGAUGCUGUGCUGAAGUUCAAGGACACCAACGAUGGCGGUCGGGGCCGGUUUGGGGUGAUGACAGACACGACUAAAGCGUCCAGGGUUCUCUACCAGGUGACUCUGGUGACCCAACCUGGAGCUGGCCGGUUCGAAGUGACCGUCUCACUAGACAUCAGGAAGUCGCAGUUAUCCAUAGACCCCAAGGAAAUCAGCAGAACCAACGUCUACGGCAAGGCCCCACACUGUGUGGAGAAGAAAGACGCGUUUCUCAGACCCUAUUGUUACUGCAAGGAUUUGUUGGACAGUAGCCCCCAGCCUGGUCCGUAG